AUGUCUUCAUCAAGGCCUGAAUUGAAAUUUACUGAUGUCUCAGAGGAAAGAGGUUUUUACCGUCGAUUUGCUAAUUUGCCUCCUAAGCCAUCGCAAACACUAAGAAUAGUUGAUAAGGGGGAAUAUUAUACGGCUGUGGGCCAGGAUGCUAUAUAUGUUGCUGAGAACAUAUAUCAUACUAGUUCUGUUUUAAAAGAUAUGAUAGCGGAUGCUUCUGUCAGUAAGCAAAUCAAAGAGCCUUUAAAAUAUGUAACCAUGUCACCUCAAAUUAUUUCAGGGCUGCUGAAGACAUGUUUGUUGGAGCAGGGUUUCAGGAUAGAAAUAUAUGACAAGAGUUGGAAACUUUUGAAAACCGCGUCCCCAGGAAAUAUUGAAGAAGUCGAUGAUCUUAUGAAUGUAUCAUUGGAUUCUUCGGUAGUUCUGGCCAGUAUAAAGCUAAGGUUGAAUUCACAGGAAGGGCAUUGUGUGUUAGGGGUUUCAUUUUUGGACAGUAAUUCUCACAAAGUGGGGUUACUUGAUAUUGUAGAUAACGAAGUGUAUUCUAAUUUGGAGAGUUUUAUAAUUCAAGUGGGUGUAAAGGAGUGUCUAUUACCUGAUAUGAGGAAUAACGAUUCCACAAAGGGCGAAUUAAAGAAAAUUACCGGUGUUAUAGAUCGUUGUGGAUCUGUCGUAACUUUUGUUAAAAUUUCGGAGUUCAAUAGCAAGAAUACGGAAUCUGAUUUGGCCAAGCUUUGUGGAGAUGAUUUGGUAACGUCUUUACCCAAGUUUUCAGAGUUGUCACUUAGUGCAACUGGCGCCUUGUUGAACUACAUGCAGUUGACGAAGGAUGUUUCUAAUGAAGGAAAGUACGAAUUGAUAGAACACUCAUUAUCACAAUUUAUGAAGCUCGAUGCCUCGGCAAUUAAAGCCUUGAAUAUAUUUGCAAACGGCUCCACUGCAAAACCGGGUUUAAUGAAUACCUCUACAAGUGGGGGGAAAAUUACAAGUAUUUUUCAAUUACUGAACAAAUGUAAGACUAAUGCUGGUGUUAGACUCUUAAAUGAAUGGUUAAAGCAGCCUCUUUGCGACUUAGCUGAAAUAGAAAAAAGGCAUGACUUGGUUGACUAUUUGAUUGAUCAAUUGGAAUUAAGAUCCUUGUUACGUGAUGAUUAUUUGCCGUUAGUACCCGAUAUGCGCCGUCUGACCAAAAAGCUAAGUAAAAACGGAACUUUGGAAGACGUUUUGAAAGUAUACCAGUUUUCUCACAGGAUCCCAGAAAUUAAUAGCGUGUUGAAAGAAAAUUUAGAUGACUUGCCGGAAUCUUCUCGUAUUAAAAAAUUAGUUAUGGAUAUCUGGUACCAUCCUCUCGAAGAAUCUGUUCAUCCACUGUUCAAAUUUCAGGAAAUGAUCGAAACAACAGUGGACUUGGAGACCUAUGAGGAAAACAAUGAAUUCAUGAUUAAAGCAGAAUUCAACGAAGAGUUAACUCAAACCAAGUCUCAGUUAGUCAGGUUGAAAGAUGAUAUGAAAACCAUACAUUUGGAUGCGGCAGAUGAUCUAGGUUUUGAUCCUGAUAAAAAAUUAAAGCUUGAAAACCAUCAUGUGCAUGGCUGGUGUAUGCGGUUGACUCGUAAUGAUGCAAAGGCAUUACGCCAACACAGGAAAUACUUGGAACUUUCAACUGUGAAAGCAGGUAUAUAUUUUAGCACCAAGGAGUUGAAGCAAAUUUCAGAAGAAAUUGCAACUUUACAAGAAGAAUAUGAUCGCCAACAGUCAACUUUAGUAAAAGAAAUAGUCAACAUCACUAUAACUUAUGCCCCAGUUUUGGAAAAGUUAUCAAUAAUAUUGGCAACCUUAGAUGUCCUGUGUUCCUUUGCUCACGUUGCCUCAUAUGCCCCGAUUCCAUAUGUAAGACCUAAAAUGUAUCCUAUGGAUUCUGACCAAAGGAAGACUAAGCUAAUUGAAUCGCGCCAUCCAUUAGUUGAAGUUCAGGAUGAUGUAACUUUCAUCGCCAAUAAUGUUAUUUUGGAGCGGCAGGAGAGUGAAUUUUUGAUUAUUACGGGACCAAAUAUGGGGGGGAAGUCAACCUACAUAAGACAAGUUGGAGUCAUCACAUUAAUGUCACAAAUAGGUUGUUUUGUUCCUUGCGAUAGCGCUGAGAUAGCUGUAUCUGAUGCAAUUUUAUGUCGUGUUGGAGCGGGUGAUUCUCAAGUUAAGGGAGUUUCUACUUUUAUGGUGGAAAUGUUAGAAACUGCAUCGAUAUUAAAAAAUGCCACUGAAAACUCUCUGAUAAUUAUCGAUGAAUUAGGACGCGGUACAAGUACCUACGAUGGAUUUGGGCUUGCGUGGUCUAUUUCAGAAUAUAUUAUCAAGGAAAUAAAAUGUUUUGCGUUAUUUGCAACCCAUUUCCAUGAAUUAACGUCAUUGGCAGACGACUGUCCAACCGUGAAAAAUAUGAAUGUCAUUGCCCAUAUAGAGGACGGUACCCAUAUAUCCGAUGAUAUUACACUGUUGUACAAGGUUGAGCAAGGUAUAUCAGAUCAGUCGUUUGGUAUUCAUGUCGCUGAAGUAGUUCAAUUCCCUGACAAAAUCUUGAAAAUGGCUAAACGUAAAGCAACUGAAUUGGACGAAUUAAAGACGGAUAGUGAAGAAAUUAAAAAACUGAAAUGUUCUCCUGAACAAAUUGCCCAAGGCACUGAGGUUGUAAAACAGGUUCUUCAGGAUUGGGUUUUAGAAUUGCGGUCUGAAAACCUUGAUAAACGUUUGGACAAUGAAGAUGUACAACGAGAUUGCAUUAGAAGGUUGCAGCAGCUGGUUACAUCCUCAAAACAAUUAAACUCAACCAACGCUGACUUCAAGAAGUGGCUUACCGAGUUGUUACUAUGA